UGCAUCGAACCAGAGAGGAAAGAAGAGAGAGAACAAAGCACUUAGUGCUAUUCAAUAAUUACGAAAAACCAACAGCGAGUGUUGUUUUUGUUUGGUCCAGGCUGGACCAGGGAAUGAAUAGAGAUGAGAGGCUUUCGGUUGAAGAGAACUGAGUUAAGCGGCGAAGCCAAACGAAGAAUCGGCGGCAGAAAUUGCCACCGGAAGCACGUCGAAGACGGGUGAACCAAACACAAAAUUCCAUCCACCACUUCUCUUUUCAAUCCCCAACUCAAAUCUGUGAAGAAAAUCUCAAUUUCUAAAUUGUAAUUCUUAGCACUACUGCUAGUAGUAGUAAAAAAAAACAAUUAGAAAGUAGUAGAGUGUUUUUUUUUCUUUUUUUCGUUUGUUUUACUUUUAAGAUGGGUGAGAAGAGCAACGUUGGCGGCGACGCGAUUAACACGACACUGCUUCACGGGAAGUACGAGCUGGGCCGGCUGUUAGGCCACGGAACCUUCGCGAAGGUGUACCACGCGCGCCACCUGAAGACGGGAAAGAGCGUGGCGAUGAAGGUGGUGGGCAAAGAGAAGGUGGUGAAGGUAGGCAUGAUGGAGCAGAUCAAGAGAGAGAUCUCAGCCAUGAACAUGGUGAAGCACCCAAACAUCGUGCAGCUUCACGAGGUCAUGGCGAGCAAGUCCAAGAUCUACAUCGCCAUGGAGCUCGUCCGCGGCGGCGAGCUCUUCAACAAGAUCGCCAGAGGCCGUCUCCGGGAGGAGAUGGCCAGACUUUACUUCCAACAACUCAUCUCUGCUGUGGACUUCUGCCACAGCCGCGGCGUCUACCACCGUGACCUCAAGCCAGAGAACCUUCUCCUCGACGACGACGGCAACCUCAAGGUCACCGACUUCGGCCUCAGCACUUUCUCCGAGCACCUCCGGCACGACGGCCUGCUGCACACUACGUGCGGCACGCCGGCCUAUGUCGCGCCCGAGGUGAUUGGGAAAAGAGGCUACGACGGCGCCAAGGCCGAUAUUUGGUCUUGUGGCGUAAUCCUCUACGUACUUCUUGCUGGUUUUUUACCCUUCCAGGAUGACAACCUGGUGGCCUUGUACAAGAAAAUUUACCGCGGUGACUUCAAGUGUCCGCCGUGGUUCUCCUCCGAGGCGCGGAGGCUCAUCACCAAGCUCCUCGACCCCAACCCGAACACGCGAAUCACAAUUUCAAAAAUCAUGGACUCGUCGUGGUUCAAGAAACCCGUGCCGAAGAACUUGAUGGGAAAGAAAAGAGAGGAAUUGGAUCUGGAGGAGAAGAUUAAACAGCAUGAGCAGGAGGUUUCUACUACGAUGAAUGCUUUUCACAUCAUUUCGCUCUCGGAGGGGUUCGAUUUGUCGCCGUUGUUCGAGGAAAAGAAGAGAGAAGAGAAAGAGUUACGGUUUGCGACCACGCGCCCCGCGAGCAGCGUGAUUUCGAGAUUGGAAGAUUUGGCGAAGGCGGUGAAGUUCGACGUGAAGAAGAGCGAGACUAAGGUGAGGUUGCAGGGUCAAGAAAAAGGGCGAAAAGGUAAACUCGCUAUUGCUGCGGACUUGUACGCCGUGACGCCGUCGUUUUUGGUGGUGGAGGUUAAGAAGGACAACGGUGACACCUUGGAGUAUAACCAGUUCUGUAGCAAGGAGCUUCGUCCAGCUCUUAAAGAUAUCGUGUGGAGGACUUCUCCUGCAGAGAAUCCUACACUCGCUUGAAGAACAACCAAGACUCCCAUGCUAAUUGUCGUUCCUUUGUAGUUGUUUUUGUUAAUUCUUGUUUCAGGACUGAGAUAUUUUAGUUAUUUGCUUGCUUCUUUGUUAUGUUUUGGCCUCUGGGGUGUGUCGUCUUUUACCCCGAAAGGGGAAUUGUUGAAAAGGCGAAUGCAGUAAUGAACCGAAAUGGACAUCGAGGAGUUGUUGUCGAUGAUGAUUCAGGUACAUGUGCUGCGUGUUGUUGUGCUCGUGGGUGAUGUUGUUGCUAUGUUGGCGUGAUUGUGAAUAUGUUUGCAAAUUGAUUGGUGUGGCUCAUGGGUCAUUCAUGGCUGCGUUUAAUUUUGUUUUAUUUAUAUUUUUUCGGUGAA